AUGUCGAAGAAGACUGAUCCGACGAUGGGUGGUCUCGACGCCCUCGUAGCGGCAGCUUCUUCCGUUGCUGGUCAAGGUAAAAAUAGAGUUAAUAGGGGUAUAACAUCGGAUAUGAUAGAUCCUGCAUUACAAAACUCUGAUUCUUCAGAUGUAGCAGAUGCUAUGUCUUCCUUUCUGUCCAAUCCGGCCGUGGUCCAACUGAUAGCUGAAUACAACGCUAAAAAACAACAUCGCCAUGUUAGUUUGUAUACUCAACUAUUAUCAGGAUCAGCUAUCCCAAAUAAUACACCCGAUACACCUAUACAGCAAACCAGAUCAGGUAGGAUAUCCAGACCGCCCGUAUAUCAACCACCUGCAAAUCCUUUACAGCAAUUUUUCGAUCAGUCGCAUAAUCAAGACAUAUCUCAUAAUCUACCUCCCACCUCUACUUCGAUUGCGGGUGAUCAAACUCAACUACAAGCUAUCAAAGAUGCUCUAGAGAAUGUGACUGCAAGCAAUGAAACUGCAGAUGCUGCAAGUUAUGAUGCGUUGUUACAAGCUGUUAAUAACGAUUCGUCGAGUGGAUCAAGAUUCUGGAGAAAUAAUGAUUUAUUACCUAAUUGGACUGGGAUAGAAGCUACGACUUUGGCUCAAGCUGCUGAAACGAUCAUCCCUCAAAGAAACUUGGGACACGGUUUACCGAACGGUAAACCAAUCAGUGAUGGAAGUAGGAAAAGAAGUGCUUCUCUGAUGGAAAGUACAGGUGAUGAAAGUGGUGAUUCACCUGGCGGGAAGAGAUUUAGGGGUGAAGAAGGUGAAGGUUUACCUAUAUGGCCUUUACCUCCAACUGGAAAAGGAGGAAGAAAGAAUAUGCCUAGAGAAGAGUUGUUGGCGAGAAGAAGAGCGAGGAACAGGGUUGCCGCUCAAGAGUCUAGAAAGAAGAAAAAGGAAUUCUUUGGUACUAUUGCCGACAGAUUGAAGGAUCGAGAGCAAAAUUAUGACCAAUUACAUGCACAUUGUCGCAAACUCGAACUAGAAGUCGAAGCGUUGCAAAAAGUCAUUCUCGGUGCUGGACUUGAACUACCAGCAGACAUACCUACACCCAUUGACACGUUACCAGGACCUUCUACCCUUUUACCGUUCACAGACGAUACACCUAUGUCGCUCGACUCGAUCACACCGGGAUCAGACCUACCAUUCCACGAUAUAUUUACGAUAGAUGACAAUGACGCGGACGAUCUAGAUUUCAUACCACCAUCUUCACCUAAACGUGAUUCUGAAUCUGAAGAUUCGGAUGACGAUGAAGAAGAUCCAUUACCGAAAGUGAAAAAAGGCAAACGCCGACAGGGACAGACAAAGGAAACAACAGGUGAUCAUGCACUUCUAGCAGAAGAUGUAGAAGAAGAUCUCUUCCUGCCUAUUGAAGAUGUACCUGUACCACCCAGAGAUGAAGAAGACCAACAUAAAGUGAUGAAACAAGCUAUGAACGAGUUACAUGUUGAUACACCACAACAAUUAAUGGGCGUAAUCAAGAAAAUGGUGGAAACGGCCGGAUACGGUGGGGUUACAGAAGAACAAGUUGGUAUGCUGAGUAAACUGUUGGCUUUAGGUCAGGCUCAAGGUAUGAGUGUUUGGUGA